CGCUUUUUCUCGUCGGUGCGCUGGUUUGUGUCUGUGGACUCGGACCGUAGACAUGCUCCGGACCGUGCUUUUUCGGGCUUUGCCAGCUGUGAACCGGCUCUCGGUGUGCCAGUACUCUGCUGCCAUCCCGGAGCCCAGCAGACAGCCGGAGGUUCACUAUAACCAGCUGUUCAUCAACAACCAAUGGCAUGAUGCGUUGAGUGGGAAGACCUUCCCAACCAUCAACCCGGCUACUGGUGAGGUCAUCUGUCAAGUUGCGGAGGCUGAUGAGGUGGAUGUAGACAAGGCAGUGAAAGCAGCCCGUAAUGCUUUCAGGCUUGGGUCUCCAUGGCGACGGAUGGAUGCCUCCCAUCGUGGCGUCUUGCUCAACCGAUUGGCCGAUGCCAUUGAACAGGACGCGGCCUACCUUGCUGAACUGGAGACCCUUGACAACGGGAAGCCUUAUGCUGUUGCCUACACUGUGGAUCUCCCAAAUGUGGUUAAAUGUCUGAGGUACUAUGCAGGCUGGGCUGACAAAUGGGAGGGAAAGACCAUUCCCAUCGACGGAGACUAUUUCUGCUACACCAGACAUGAACCUGUUGGAGUCUGUGGACAGAUCAUCCCUUGGAACUUCCCUUUGUUAAUGCAAGCCUGGAAGCUUGGUCCUGCCCUUGCAACUGGGAACACUGUGGUCAUGAAAGUUGCAGAGCAAACACCGCUCACAGCACUGUAUGUCGCCAGUCUCAUUAAAGAGGUGGGUUUUCCAGAAGGUGUUGUCAACAUCUUGCCUGGCAUGGGACCAACAGCAGGCGCUGCCAUUGCAAGACAUACAGAUGUUGACAAGGUGGCGUUCACUGGCUCCACAGAAGUGGGUCAUCUGAUUCAGCAGGCAUCAGGCAGCAGUAAUCUGAAGAAAGUUACUCUGGAGCUGGGAGGGAAGAGUCCCAAUAUCAUCCUCUCUGAUGCUGACUUGGAGGAUGCGGUGGAGCAGGCCCACUUCGCCCUGUUCUUCAACCAAGGCCAGUGCUGCUGCGCUGGAUCUCGAACCUUCGUCCAGGCAGACAUCUACGAUGAGUUUGUUGAGCGCAGUGUGGCGCGAGCUCGGAAACGUUUGGUGGGGGAUCCUUUUGACUUACAGACUGAACAGGGACCUCAGGUGGAUGAGGAGCAGUUCAACAAGAUUCUGGGCUACAUCGGCAGUGGGAAGAGAGAGGGAGCCAAGCUGAUGUGUGGAGGUGAAGCGGCUGCUGAGAGAGGCUACUUCAUCCAGCCCACGGUCUUUGGGGAUGUCCAGGACAACAUGACCAUUGCCAAAGAGGAGAUAUUUGGUCCAGUGAUGCAGAUCUUGAAGUUUAAAACCCUGGAAGAUGUGAUGGACAGAGCCAACAACAGUAAAUACGGCCUAGCAGCUGCCGUCUUCACCAAAGACAUCGAUAAGGCCAACUAUCUCUCCAGUGGGCUGCGUGCCGGCACCGUCUGGAUCAACUGUUAUGACGUGUUCGGGGUCCAGGCUCCAUUCGGAGGCUACAAGGCGUCAGGAAUCGGCAGAGAGCUGGGAGAGUACGGUCUGGACAACUACACCGAAGUCAAAACGGUGACCAUCAGAGUCCCACAAAAGAAUUCUUAGAUGAGCUCCUGGAACCCGGCGGUCUUCACGCCUCAGCCAUCUUCAGAAACCAGCAGCUGUUAUCUCAGACUGAUGUCCAAAUGUACAAAUCUGCCCGUACUCUGUAAUGUCAUUUUCUGAUUGCUGAUGUGCAGUAAAAGGGUCUGAGGCACUGA